AUGGAUAAGGCUUGGAUGCAUAUCAAAGAUAGAUUGCAAUCCAAUGAGUAUGCUGAAGGUGUUAGACAAUUCCUGUCUAUGGCGCAAGCCCACACACCUGCAUCUAAUCACAUUAGGUGUCCAUGUAGGAGAUGCCGUAAUAGAGCUUUCCAUUCCAUUCAUACAAUCGAAGAUCAUUUGUUCAUCAUGGGGAUUGAUCCAACUUAUACGGAAUGGAUAUUCCAUGGGGAAGAUGAUCCUUUCCUAGAUGCUACAUUUUCUGACGAAGAAGAAGAUGAUGCCUCGGCUUACAGUGACUACAUUAAUGAUGUCGAUGAGAUGUUAGAUGAUAUUCGUCAUGGGUCAUUUUUGGAUAAUUCAUAUAGAAAUGAUGGAAAUGCAAACCCACAUGAACAACCAUCCACCUCUACUACGCCAACAAACCUUAAUUUCGAGGAGUUGGUAGCUGAUGCACGACAUCCACUUUAUCCUUCAUGCGAUAAGUUUUCAAAGCUAUCAUUUAUCGUAAAGUUGCUUCACAUCAAGAGCAUUGCUGGUUGGACCAUGAAGUCAUUUGAUAUGGUGUUAAAGCUUUUGCAAGUUGCAUUUCCCGAUGCUCUAUUCCCUGACUCAUAUAACGAUGCUCGUCGCUUGCAGCGUGGCUUGGGUUUUAGUUACAAAAAGAUACAUGUGUGUCCAAAUGAUUGUGCCUUGUUUUGGAGUGAAAAUGCAUCAUUAAAUGCCUGCCCUAAAUGUAACGCAUCUAGGUGGAUUGAAGAAACAAGUAAGCAACGAAGGAUACCACAAAAGGUUCUUCGAUAUUUCCCCCUGAAGCUACGCUUGCAGAGGCUAUUUAUGUCAAAGAAGACAGCCAAAGCCAUGAGAUGGCAUGUAGAAGCUCGGGUUGAUGAUCCAACAUGCAUGCGACAUCCAGCAGAUUCUAAGGUAUGGAAAGACUUUGAUCACAAGCAUGAGAGGUUUUCCCAAGAUCCUCGCAAUGUUAGACUUGCUUUGGCGAGUGAUGGGUUUAACCCAUUCAAUAACAUGAGCAAACCGUACAGUAUAUGGCCAGUACUACUUGUACCUUACAACUUGCCCCCUUGGUCAUGCAUGAAAGAUCCAUACACCAUGUUGUCCUUGCUAAUCCCUGGCCCUAAGUCACCAGGGAAUGAUAUUGAUGUGUUCUUACGUCCUCUUAUGGGAAGUUGA